AGAGAGGGAAGUCAGAUCGCAAUGCCUCUGCACCUUCUCACUCACACUCACUCACGCUUUCUCUCUUUCUCGCUCGCUCUUUCUCUCUCUGAGAGGUGGGAGAAGAGUCAGUGACAGUAGAGUUUAAGCUUCUGCCUUCAUACUUCAUACAUCCAGCAAAAAUGAGGAACUUUAUCAAAGAAGCUUUUACAGACUUCUUCUGCGAGUAUGAGACGCCCCGGCAAGUGCUGGUGAGAAAUCCGAGAGUGGGUAUCGCCUGCAGAAUCCUCCAGUUGGGGGUGCUGGCUUACAUUAUCGGAUGGGUGUUCAUGUAUGAGAAAGGCUACCAGGUUGAGGACACGGCUAUAAGCUCAGUUUUCACUAAGAUGAAAGGAAUAGCUUACACUGAAAGUAAUGGGACAGAGAGGCUUUGGGAUGUAGCCGAUUAUGUGUUCCCUGAUCAGGGAGUCUCAUCUUUUGUCGUGAUGACAAAUUUCAUCAUGACUCUUGGACAGUCACAGGGCAAAUGCCCAGAGCUGGCGGACGGAAGUAACAGCUGCACUUCGGAUGCAGAUUGCAAGAAGGGCCAAUAUAAACGUACAGGCAAUGAGAGCUACGAGACAGACGCGACCAUUCAGCCCUUUGAAGAUGAAGUAGGCAAUGAGAGAGGGCGCAUGACGGGGACGUGCAUUAACAAAACCUCUUGUGAGAUCCUAAGCUGGUGUCCUGUACAAGAUGACCGUGUGAUACCAAAGCCUCCACUUUUGGCAGCAGCUGAGAAUUUCACACUGUUCAUCAAAAACUCCAUCUCCUUCCCUGAAUUUGGAGUGGUGAGAAGUAAUCUAGUGGAAAGUGUGGAUUCAACUUACCUCAAAACCUGUCUGUUUGACCCGAAUAAGCAGCCACUGUGUCCUAUCUUUAAACUCGGAGACAUCGUCAGCCUCUCCGGCUUCAAGUUCUCAGAGAUAGCUCAAGUGGGCGGCUCAAUAGGGAUUCUCAUUGAAUGGGAGUGCAAUCUGGACCUUCGUAUUGAAAAAUGCAUACCCAAAUACAGCUUUCAAGGCCUCUACGGAAACAAUUCACAAGCGUCAGUGGGCUACAAUUUCAGAACGGCAAAAUAUUACACAGAGGACAGAAUCCAAAAGAGAACACUCAUGAAGGUGUUUGGUGUUUACAUUGAGAUCAUUGUAAAUGGAAAGGCAAGAAAAUUUGACAUUAUCCCAACACUGACAGCCAUAGGGUCUGGAGUGGGAAUCUUCGGAGUGGCCACCGUCGUGUGUGACGUGGUUCUUCUGCAUUUAGUGCCAAAGAAGGAUUUCUACAAAACCCUGAAAUUCAAAUCCACACCAGAGCAGGAACAGGAAACAGAUUCGGUGGAGAUGGACCAAACAAAGGAGCCAACACAAUAAACCUGAAGUGAGGCAUUUGACAACAGCUUAUCUGCACUGAAAGUCCAGAAGAAACAAAACCCACACAUACUGUACUGUAUACUGAGCUCACAGCACUGGACUAGGAGGAACACCUGACCUGCCUGAGACCUGCAAAUGAAUCAACACACACACACACACACUAGAACUUCAUAAAAACAUCACUCCUCUUCCAUCUGAAGGUCACAAAAUGACUAACAUUUGUUACAGGGUGUCUGAAAAGUCAUAAUAAUGAAUGUGAAUCUGUUGAGCAAGUAUAUCGAUCCACCUGGAGCUUAAUGUGUACAGCUUAAAGGCGCAAGCCUGUGUUGUAAAGCAUAUGUUGUAAAUAAUAAAUACAAAAUGAGGAAUGUGUA